UUCGCCGCGCGGCUCCGGCAGUUUCAGUUUCUGAUUCAGAUUCAGAUUCAGACCCAGUCUCAGUUCCGAACAAACUUCGGCGGGGAACAGAAGGAGCAGAGCGGAGCAGUGGAGCCCGACCAGAAAAUAAAAAUAGACAAAAUACUGAAACAAUAACUCGAGGCGGCAAGCUAGUGUAGAAUUUUUUACAUAUACUUUUACGGGGUAGCGGAAGCAGGAAGUGGCGGAAUAAUUAAGGACAAAAACGCAAUUUCAAUUAUCGUUAGUGUAAUCUUGAAUGUGAAUUUAAAUGUGAACUGUGAGUGCUUGGUGUACGGUGUGCGGCAGUUUUUGCCAGACAAUUUGUUUCUCUGAAUGUGGUGUACUUUUUCCCAUUGCAAAUUAGUUAGUGUCGCUUAAUCAAAUAUAUAUAUACAUAUAUAGUUAAUUGAAUGGUAUAUACAUGUGUUUAUGUGCAAGUAUUUUUGCUAAAUUUAUUGGAUUAGUAUUGAAUUUAUACGUUUUGGAUGCUCGUGCAAUUAUUGUAAUUUGAAUAAAGGAACUUUGAGCGCUUUCAAACAACAAAGGACUAGAAAUCAGAGUCCUUUUUCCCCAAAAAGUGUGCGAGCGUGUGGCCAUUUGCCUUUGUCCAGCGAAUCAGGGGGUGUGUCCAAGGGGAGUCGGGGAGUCUUUUUACAUAAGCAGGGCGAGCUGCAAAUGGGACGGCCACCUGCGGCUACACGGCGGCUACUCAACGCUGGGAUCCCUCGCUUUGUUCGACGCUGAGUGCUGCGUGUCCUUGCAACGUGACAGCCCGAUUGUGUGUAAGGAUAUGCAAAGAAGUCCCUCAUCCCGACAAUGGCCCACUUAAAACUGGACACCCUGCACGUGCAGCGAAGCCCCCGCAGCUCCCGCAGGAGCAGUCCGAGCAGCGGAAGGAGCAGCGCCUGCAGUUCCGGGAGCAUCUCCCCGGUGCCCAUCAUCCCGAUCAUCGCCAUUAGCCACGAUGGCGACGAGUCCGAGUCCGAGUCGGAAAUCGAAACGGAGCCGGCGCGCCUCUUUCAGCGCCGCAUGUCCACCAAGUGCACCAACAACCUGGCCGCCAUCAUCAAAGAGGGGUUCCUGCUCAAGCACACUUGGUCCUUCCAGCGCUGGCGACGUCGAUAUUUUCGCCUUAAGCGGAAUAUGCUAUUCUACGCCAAGGAUGAGAAGUGCGAUGUUUUCGACGAUAUCGACCUAUCGGACUUGUGUUAUUUCGAGUGCGGCAUCAAGAACGUAAAUCAUAGUUUCCAGAUAAUCACACCCACUCGAUCUCUGGUGCUCUGCGCCGAGUCCCGCCGCGAAAUGGAGGACUGGCUGGGCGGCCUGAAGACGGCGACGGCGCCGCAGAGGCCGCGUGGCGACAGCUUCCUGAUCGAGCAGCACGACAUCCUGUCGAACCACCACCACUGGUACGCCACCUCCCACGCCCGCCCCACCUACUGCAAUGUGUGCCGCGACGCCCUGUCCGGGGUCACCUCCCACGGACUCAGCUGCGAGGUGUGCAAGUGCAAGGUGCACAAGCGGUGUGCGGCCAAGUCGAUCGCCAACUGCAAGUGGACCACGCUGGCCAGCGUGGGCAAGGACAUCAUCGAGCAGGCGGAUGGCAUCAUCAUGCCGCACCAGUGGAUGGAGGGCAACCUCCCGGUGUCCUCCAUGUGCGCCGUCUGCAAGAAGACCUGCGGAUCGGUGCUGAGGCUCCAGGAUUGGAGGUGCCUUUGGUGCCGAGCCACCGUCCACGUGGCCUGUCGUCCCCAGAUGGCGGUGGCCUGUCCCAUUGGUCCCGCCAAGCUGUCCGUCGUUCCGCCGACCAGUGUCCACUCCAUCAGCACCGAUGACGCCUGGGAUGUGGCCAGUCCCAGGGGCAACUUCUCGCCCCUUCUGGUCUUCGUGAACUCCAAGUCUGGGGACAACCAAGGAGUGAAGUUCCUGCGACGAUUCAAGCAGCUGCUGAAUCCUGCCCAGGUCUUCGAUCUCAUCUCCACGGGUCCGAGUCUGGGAUUGAGGCUCUUCCGGCACUUUGAGAUGUUCCGCAUUCUGGUCUGUUCGGGCGACGGAUCUGUGGGCUGGGUGCUCAGCGAAAUCGAUCGCUUCAAUAUGCACAAACAAUGUCAGGUGGCGGUGAUGCCUUUGGGAACUGGCAACGAUCUGGCCAGGGUUUUGGGCUGGGGCUCCAGCUGCGAUGACGACACCCACCUGCCGCAGAUCCUUGAGCGCUACGAGUCGGCCAGCACCAAGAUGUUGGAUCGCUGGAGCAUCAUGGUCUUCGAAAAGGCCAUCCCCGUGCCCAAGACGCCCAAGAUGUCGAUCAGCACCGAGCAGGAAGCGAUGCUCACUGGCAUGGUGACGUCGGCCAACCACCACCUGCGCUUCAUAGUGGAAACCAACGAUACCCAGACCCUGAUCAGCUCCACCCGGAAUCUCUGCGACACCAUUGACGAUCUGGUGGUCCGCAUCUCGGAGCACCACAAGGAGGACGAACAGCUGGCCGUCAAGUGCGACAUCCUCAAGCAGAAACUCAACAUGCUGCUGGAUGCUCUGCAGGAGGAGGAGAUUGGAGCCCACAGCGGCGACGAUUUGAUAGCCACCAUCAGGAGUCUCAUUGCGAGAAGUAUUCCGCUGACACCAGGCUCCAGCGCCUCUCUGCUCAAUCCAAACAUAUCAAUCGAAAAGACGGAGAAAGACCAGAUUAACACAAAGGAGCGCAGGAACAGUCGGUCCCUUCGUUCCAGCGAGAAGGAGGCUCUCCAGUGCCGUGCCAACAGCGUCAAGCGAGCCAUCUACAAUGUGGUGGAGCACUCGGAACCGGGACGUCCGAAACGCUAUCAGCGGAAGCUAUCGAUCACACCGUUCGAAGCCCUGAAGUUACCCACCAACACUUCCGGGGAAUCGACGCCCUGCAGCUCCCCCUUGCCAAUAAUCCCACCCAUCAAUAUUAUCUCGCCCACGAUGGAAACGUCCCGACUUACCUGCAUUUCUCCGCUGCCCGAUACACGACGAGAUUCCGUGGACGAGAGCUUCUUCAACAGCAUCAAUCUGCCGGCUCCACGGCAAUUUGCGGACAGUCGAAGGAGCUCUGGAGUGGAGGUGAUCCAGGAGAUCGAGGAGGGUGCCAAUGGGGAGACCGUCUACCGACGGAGUCGCAUGUCCUUGACCGGUGGAGCCAAUAUCGAUGAUGCCGGUAAUCGUUUGUCACCCAGCAGCGAUGGGGGCGACAACACCCCCAACGAGCGCAAAGUCGACUUCUUGAGGGUGCCGAUCCACACUGGUGAACCGAUCGUUGACCCCCUAUCCGACUAUCGUCCCCACGAGGUCUUCGAGCGAACCUACUAUAUGACCCGGGAGAUGGAUAAGGACAAAGACAAGGAAAAGGAAAAAGAGGUGGAGAAUGACAAGGAGAAGGACAAAUGUGUGGAGAAGGAGGACAGCAUGCCCACCGAGAAGCUGGUUCACACUUGUAACCUGCAGGUACCCGGCGUUGUCGUUACCCCCAACUCCCAAAAUGUUUACACAAGCGCCAGCAUAACAAUCAUUGAUACCGAUGCACAGACCACCACCGAGCAGUCCUCUUCCGACGAUCUGGGUGGCGAGGCCAGCGAUGUUCUUUCGGCGAUUAGCAAUGAGGAGUGCAGCGUGGCCUCCGAAAUAUUCGACAAGCAGGACGCUGGACAAACCGUGGGGGAUAUUAUUCAGAAUAUGGACGCUAGCAAUUUCACGCAUAUAGACUCCCCGGAGACCAGUGACGAAACGGAGGCCAUGCCCGGCGAGAGCAUCAUGGACGACAUCAGCUCGGUACUGGGACACGAUAUAACCUAUGCCCUGCAGGACAACACUCUGACCGACGACACCACCACUCUCUGCUCGGAGCACGUUGGGCCACCGAAGCCCCCGCGCAAAAAGUCCUUGAGCGCCUUGAGCCGCGCCCAAUCCCAUCCCCGAAGGCGCAACUCCUCUCCGCCUCGAAUCGCGCGAUUGGCGCGAAUGGACAGCGAUGAUAAUCCCCAGCAAUUCGGAUUCGAGAAUAUCGUUUUCGAGAUCGACAAUCGAUGUGACGACCAGAAGAUGCGGGAGCCACCGCGCUACUGCAGCCUGGCGCAGUUCGUGGAAGGUAACGAUAUAGCGCGUCAGAGCUUCAAGCAGCUAAUGCUAGAACAACAACGAAGCGGCGACAACGAUAACGACGACCCCGAGGGCCAGCAAACGCCAACGAAUAAAGUGGUCAAUUUACUGGCCACCACCAGCGAGGACGAGCUGUCCACGCAGACGGCCAUCAAAAUAGAAAUACAAGACGUUGAUGCCACUGUGCGCAACAUCAACAGCAGCAUGAAGGCCAAUACGAUCUUGGCCACUUCGACAUCGCCCACGAAGAAAUCGGGCCAUGGACAAGAUGUAAAGCGCAUUACUUUUGAUGAGUCGUGUAAGAAAGAAUCCUUUGAUGAUGUAAAUCCCAACUAUCCACAGAUAAGUGUUGUUGUGAGGCCGCCGACGCCGUUGCGCGGCGACUCCAUCAAGCCCACGGUCUCGCUCCUGCCGGGCUCCUCCGGCGGAGCCAUGGCCGUGUCCAUGGGCUGCUCCGGAAUGCUGGGGGUGCGGGCCAUGAACGCCUCCGAGAUCAGGCGCCACUCGAGCCACGCCCCCGGUCUGGCUGUCCGCGAGUUCGACAAGGACAAGGACCGCCGGCACUCUGGCUUCAAUCCCAACCAGCUGACGCUCGAUCCGGAGCACGCCCGCUUCCUCAGCAGCUCGCCGGCGGCCAGCCGCAGGAUCAGCUGCGGCAGCCUCUUCAAGAAGAAAAACCAAAAGAUCGCCACGAAGCGCGGCUACGGAUUGUUCAGUGUUCGGUUCUUUGUGGUGGCCGAGCCAGAUAUUCGCCUGGCCACCCUGGCGCUUAUCAGGCCGCUGAUUCCUCUGCCGAACGAAGCCCUUCCGAAUCUGCAGACCCUCAAGGGCUCCAAGUCGAGCUUGUUUAUGGGCUCCACUCUAUUCGGCUUCGAUCACUUAACCUCCGGAGACAAGGAUAAGGAAGACAAGGGAGGCAAGGACAAGGAUAAAACGCCCACCGAGGAGACCAGUCGCAAGCUGCCCAUCAUCAAUCCCCUGGUGCGACUGCCCAACUGGCCAAAUCUUUCGAAUGGUGGUGGCUUUAUAUCCAAGUGUCUCUUGGCCAAUGCCGACACCCUCUGCGCCGCCGUGAGUCCCCUAAUGGAUCCGGAUGAGACCCUUUUGGCCGGCUACCAUGAGAAGUGCGUGAUGAACAACUACUUUGGCAUCGGUAUCGAUGCCAAGAUCUCGCUGGACUUCCACAACAAGCGGGAGGAGCACCCGGAAAAAUGUCGCUCCCGGGCUCGCAAUUACAUGUGGUAUGGCGUACUGGGAUCCAAGCAGCUCCUGCAGAAGACCUGCAAGAAUCUGGAGCAGCGGGUGCAGCUGGAGUGCGAUGGUCAGAGAAUUCCGCUGCCGGAACUGCAGGGAAUCGUGAUCCUGAACAUACCCAGCUUCAUGGGAGGCACCAAUUUCUGGGGCAGCAGCAAGAAAGAUGACAUAUUUCUGCCGCCCAGCUUCGAUGAUCGCGUCCUCGAAGUGGUGGCCGUCUUUGGAUCCGUCCAGAUGGCCGCCUCGCGACUGAUCAAUCUGCAACAUCAUCGGAUCGCCCAGUGCCAGAGCGUGCAGAUCAACAUCCUGGGCGACGAGGAGAUACCCAUCCAGGUGGACGGCGAGGCCUGGCUGCAGCCUCCGGGAAUGAUCCGCAUCCUGCACAAGAACCGAGUGCAGAUGUUGUGCCGGAACAGGAGUUUGGAGCUUUCGCUGAAGAGCUGGCAGGAGAAGCAGCGCCAGCACAGCAUCUCCAUCCAAAGGGACGCAUCUUCGACAGCUUCGGAGCACGCCAUCUCCACGGACGAGGUGAUCUCCGAACGGGAAUGCUACGUGCUCCUCAACUUCAUCGAGGCCGUUAGCUCGCUGGUCAAGUGGGUCAAGUUCCUGAUUAUCUCGCAUCCAGCUCUGCAGCACGAUCUCUACGAGGUGGCCUGUCGGGCCAGCGAGGCCCUGGAGUCCAUCCAUCCGCAGGGCAAGCUACUCGAAGGUCCUUCACUGCGCACCAAGUUGGUGGAGGUCAUCGACUCUUCGCGACAGCUGUACGACGAUGCCUGCACCCUGCUCCGCGAUCGAGGCCACAGUUUGAUUCUCCGCGAGGAUCUGGAGACAAAGCUCAGCGCGGCGUUGGCCAACAUGGAGAUGGAACUGAAGAAGUGCUCCGUGCAGAAGUGCAUCGACGGCAAGCUAAGGGCCUACUUUAAUGUUUUGGCGCCCAACGAGGAGUCCGAUGGCCGCCGAAAGUCGCGACCCUUCUGGGUGAGACUACGCUCCGGCUCAACCGCCGGGCAGCAGGCGUUUAAGCCACCUUUGACCAACACUCGCGAGGCGGCCAACAACUGGAGCGUGAACGAAGUGGUCACCUGGCUGGAAACGAUGCAGCUGUCCGAGUACGUGGACAGCUUCCUAAAGAACGACAUUCGCGGCAAGGAGCUGCUCACGCUGGGGAGGCGCGAUCUCAAGGAUCUGGGCGUGGUCAAAGUGGGCCACGUCAAGCGAAUACUGCAGGCCAUCAAGGAUCUCAGCGAGAACUAGACUUCCCGUUGGGACUUCCUUACCGGCUAGUACAAACAAGUUAGUCUUCGAAUCGCGCUCUUAGAGAUGAAGGGGGAAUAUAUGGAGAUGCGAUCAAUGGGAAUGUUAAGUUAAUGCGGGACAAAAAUGCAUACAACAAUCACUAAUUUAUAGGCUAGCUUAGCUAACAAGACAAAUGAAAGGGGGAAUGGAUUGAGCGAACGAACAAGUAAAAUCUUCGAGGAAAGCGACGAUAAAACGAAAGAUUCUCUUUAAAUACCUAACAGACAAAUUAUCUCGAUAAACAACUUUUGAUUGGCAGAGAAUUGUACAUUUUUUCAGCUCCUGGCCAUGUAAAAUCGAGACAAAAACGAAAAGCACUUACAAUUGAUUUUUGUUUUUCGUAUACGUAUGUCAAAUUGCAGAAAACUACAAUUGGCAGUUAAACGAAUUUAAGCGUAGUAGCACAUGCGAAUACUAAACCAAACCGGUAACUGCAGUUAGAUAUUAAGUGUUUAACCUUCAACCUACGCUUAUAUUAAAGAAAUUGAAUAACCCAUUCCCAAGGAAAGCUGAUGAAUCCAAAAAACAAAGCAUAUUACCCACUUACCCAAUGAAAUCGAUUCUAAAUUUAUAAGCAAUUUAAAUUUUACAAAAAACUAAACCAAAACUGCAGACCCAAACCAAUCUAAACAAUAUAUAAAUUAAACUUAUACAUAUACCUUAAAGAAGAUAUUCGAAACUAUUUUUAAAUGUUUCCCCACUAUUGUUAAAUCAAAAUGAUGCUAAUGAUGUUAAUGCAAAUACGGGAGCCAACUCUCGUAAUUGCAGCAAAGAAAAGUCUGUUAAACGUGUCAUUUUUGUGGUAACCAAAAGCAACUCUAACUUGUUUAUUUAAAUUAAUUUAGUUGUUAAGUCCGUGACGUUUUUUCAAAAUAAGUUUAGGUUAGAGCCUUGGGGUCUCGGUGCCGGAUGCUGGACCCCUGAAAAAUUUAUUUGGUACUAUAUACAAGCAUAUGGUAAAGUCUUAGCUAGCAUUGGAACACGGAAUUCCGGUGUUCGGAACCUUUUUGGUAAUUCUUUUAAUUGUUUAUAUUUAAGCGAACCCAAGUGAAAACCAACCACUUUUAUCCAAAACGUUAAAGUGUUAGGAACAAAAUUGUGCUAAAUUUUUUAUAAACGUCAACGUUAAAUUUGAUCAAUUAUGUUACUCUCUAUCUCUCUUUAUAAAUACGAACAUAUAAAUAUAGCUGCAUAUGAGUAGGUUUAGCAGUCCACUGAUCUAAUAUGACCUGUAUGUUUUGGCCCAUCUUCAAAUGUUUGCUCAAGUUGCCUCCAGUUGAGUGAGUUUUUGAAAUGGCUCUGCAGUAGCCUAUAACAAAUCUCUUGAGCGACGUCUAUAAAUUAUAUUUUUUGAUAUAUAAGUAUAAAUGAGCCCAGACCAACUCGAUUGAUUUGUUGUGAUUCUACCACGAACUUAUUUUCCAACUGCACCAGUAGCAACCCUAUCAUUUCUAAAUACUUUGACACAUAUUUGAGAAACUACUUACGCUUAUGAGUAAACUAGAUAAAACAUAAAAAACGAGAAAUCAAUAAUUGGAAAUCCUUUUUCAUAAUAAAUAAAAAACAUAAAAACAAUGCUAAAAAUUGAAGACACAUUUUUUCGAAAAAUUUUCGACACAUGUAUUUUCGAGCAAACUUUAAAGUAAUUAAAACCAAAAUUUAAAAAAAAACAUCAUAAGACAAUUAAAUACAUGUAUAAUUUAAAUAUUUAAUGGAUUAAUCUGAUCGGCAAUGCCCAUUCUUCAUAUACCACCUCUAGUCAUACCCUUCAUUGAUUUUUUGUUAUUUUUUCAAAAAACUGUGAUAACAGCUUUCUACAUUCCUGUAAUAAAAUCUACUAAGAUCAACAAAAUAAUAAAUUACGUAAUUCGUGAAGUGCAAUGGAAAAUCAACAAAAGUCUUAUAAAUAGUUCGUCUACAAUCAGCAAAUAGGUAAUGCCUAUGAAAACCAUUUACCAGCAAUAAAUGUUUUACAAUAUAUCUUAAUAAUGUAAUUUCAAACUUCCUACUUCCCAAACCCUAGAAAAAAACUAGCAAAUGUAAAAACUGUCUAUGCAGAACUAUCCAAAUAAAAACACAAAACCGAUAAUACCGUUAAGUGAAAAACAAACCAUAAAGCAACAAUAUUUCCUAUUAAACAUAAUACAUCAAUUAUAAUAGAGACAUUUUCUUUGAGAAAAGCCUAAUACCAGCAAUAAUAAAAGCAAAACAAAAACAA